AUGAGUCGACUAGUGACAAAGUGUCCAACAAAUCCCCACCUUCUGUACCAGCUCCUGAGCUCCUGUACCAGCAAAGAUGAGAAUGAUGCUGAAGUUGCUAAAAUGCUUCAUCUGUCAAGCAAACACAUUGAAACAACAUCAUUACAAGAAGCUCUAGAGGAGCUACAGGUUCCAAUCCACCAUGAUCAGGGACUACGUGAAGAAAUGCAGCACAUGUCAGAGACAGUUUUUUUGGUGAUGUGUCAGAUAGUGGGAACCUCAAGAGAGCUGGCCAUCAGGAGAGAAACAAGAGACUUUAGAGAGAUGAUUCUGAGAUUAAAUAAUGAUUCCAUUGUGAUGGUGAGUGGAACAAUAGGACACCCAUUAGGACCCCAUGAACAUGAAGAAUGGAGAUUUUCCUUUUCUCAGGCAGAAUACAAACUUGUGUGUUCUAUGAACCACUAUGAGAGUAUUAUGAAGUCUGAAGUUGAUUAUGAUGUUGAACUUGUAAUUGAGUCCUCUAAAACACUCAGAUACAGGGAAGCUUUAUCUGUUAUAGAGAUGACUAAGGUCAAGUUAGCACAGCCAUAUCUGAUGUAUAGAGAGACUGUAGACAGAGAGAGACACAUUGAUACAACAUUAUCACAAGCAGCUCUAGAUGAGCUACAGGUCCUAGUCCACCAUGACCAAGGACGAUCUGAGGGAAUGUAUCAUAUGUCAGAGUCAGUAUUUAGAAGGAUGUGUCGGAGAGUAGGGACCUCACAACAAGUGGCCAUGAGGAGGGAGUUACAGGACAUUAGGGAGAUGUCGGAGAGACAAGAGGCACCUAAUGAUAGGGUCAUUACGAUGUUGAGCGGAAGUAUGAGAGAAGGGUUCAGACUAAAAGGAUCAGAUGUGGACUUAAUGUACUGGUUAAAUAACCAUCGAGUGAUCAUGAACAUGUCUCAGUCAAAGUAUUACAACACCGCAAAAACAACUUUCAUUUUCUCUGACAGUUCUGAGAGUCCACCAGGAUUCACUUUACUUCAGUUAUUAACGCCACUAACAAUUAGAUCUAUCCAAUCAGCAUGUGUCGGAAUGAAUGGCAGAGUCUAUAUAUCUAGUUCUAUAUACAGACAGUUAACUUGUUCUGAAAUAUUUCUAAAUUCGUCUGUUCAUGGACCAUGUGGUAGUGGAAACAUAGGAGGGAGAGAUUAUGACACUGCCUGGUGUUUUGUUUGUGACUUUUGGCCUUCGUUUGCUUCCUCGUGGAUAGACAGAUGUAUGAUAUGGCCUAAUUCUGCAGUUGUUGAAGACAUAGUAAGAAAUGGAUGUCACUUUGUAGCAAUAGGGCACCCAUUAGGACCCAACGAAAACAAUGAAUGGAGAAUUUCUUUUUCUCAGGCAGAAUAUAAACUUGUGUACUCAAUGAACCAUUGUCAGUUUUUGACUUAUGGGUUGUUGAAACUGUUCUUAAAAGAAGUUAUAAACCAACAAGCAAAAGAUACCAACAAACUGUUGUGUUCCUAUCACAUGAAGACAACAGUUUUCUGGGCGAUUCAACAAAAUCUACUUUCUCACUGGUGUCCACAAAAUUUCCUGGCCGGUUUCUGGGUCUGCUUUAAACUCCUCCUUAAAUGGGUGUAUGAGGGAGUUUGUCCAAACUUUUUUAUACCACAAAACAAUUUGUUUCUGACAAAGGUCCAUGGCUCAGCACAAAAGAGUUUGUUUCUAUGGUUACAUGGCUUGUAUAACAAAGGUCUGGCCUGUCUGUUACAGAGUUCCUCUAUCAGGUCCUACAUCAUUGAUGUCCUGUACAAUCCUCGACUUUCUAUUUGUACAAGUGAGAAUAUGAUGAUUUCUGAAGUUGAUUACGAUGUAGAACUUGUCCGCGAGUUCUCUAUUGUUAUGUGUUCUGCAGGAGACGAAUACGGCGGCCCUACCGAAAUCAUGCAUAAUGAUAGACAGCUGAUAAAUUCGCCCCUGACACAGAAUCAAGUUGUCAUGUUACAGAGAGUUACAACCCUCUCCCUUCAGAAAAUUGCUUUUGUAUUACACAACAUGUACACUUACGUUGACACAAGUGUGAACAAACAGCUGUAUAUUGCUGACAAAAUGUCCUGUCACAUGCUGAAAUUAGCAGUUAAAUUUGGGUGUAUAUCUGACAUGUUGUACAUUGUUAUGUAUUAUUACACGACUUACAGAUACCAGGAGGCUUUAUCUGUUAUUCAGAAGAUAAAGGCAAAGUUAGCACAGCCAUAUCUGAUGUAUGAAAGACAUGUAGACAGAGAGAGGUAUACUGAGGCUGUAGGGGGUCAGUCCUGGUCGAAAAAGAUGAAACAGGCUGUGGCAGUAGAUAUCGUUCUUAAUAACAGAAUCUGUUAUAUAAGUGAACUAAUACCAGAACAAAACUCUGCUCUACAAAAAAGGUGGUCUAAAUUAACUAUCCCAGUUUUUGUAAUGUUACACUUCCUAAAGUUUUUAUGUUACAGACACGUUGAUACAACAGUAUCACAAGAAGCUCUAGAUGAGCUACAGGUUCUAGUUCACCAUGAUCAGGGACUGUAUGUAUUAGAUCUAUACAGAGACAUCUCCUGGGAGAUCCUGGGGAUCUGUCAACAGAUCACAGGGAACCUCCAGGCUGCUCUUUAUUCAUACCAACAGUCACUCACGCAGUAUCCAUACAACAAAAUACAAACUGCUACACAGAGAAGAAUACAUGAAGUAGAAGUAUCAGAUUUACAUCAGUUAACAAAUGCAAUGUGAAGUAUUUAUCUUUACAUCAUAACAGUCUCUGAAUCAAAGUAUAGUCGAUCUCUUAAAGCAAAUUACAUUGUAGAAAUAUUUAAAUAACUUGAUAGGAAGCUAAUUUUGGUAUGUCAGCAAUGGUUAAGAAUAAAUCCUAUGGUUCUCACAGUUUAGUGAGUUGUUUCUUUUGCUUUUAAUAGUAAUGUUUUUUCCUAAAAUAUUAGAACGUUUGACUACUGGUACAGUGAAUAUAGCAUUCAGAUGAAGAAAAAAAUCGUUUAAAUGAACUUGUAUCAGAGUGGUUUUUUUUGUUUAAUUACGAUCUUGUAACAAUUGCACCUAAACUAAAAGUAAUUUUCCUAACUCUUUUGGAUAAUAUCAGUAUUUUUCAAAUAGAUUUUUGAAGGGGUGAAAUGAAAGUAAAAAAAAUCGUUACGGUACAGGAUAUACAGUUCCCUGGAAAUUCUGUAUCCAUUCUUAAAACUUUGUGAUGGACAAAUAAUUAAGUGCUCAAGAUGAAUUGUUACUGUGACAUUUACACCAUCUGCUCUAAACAAUGAUCAAUCUAUAUAUAGAAUUAAGUUAUUUUACCUUUUUCAAAUUGUUCUUUAAUUUUUUUUAAUAAAAUUAUUUUAAAUCUGAUCUUGUA